GCCGAUUUGACUAAAUACAAAAUAUUAUGAUCGAUCUGUCAAAUUUGAUUUGUCAACAAAGUGAAUUAACUUAUUGAUAUUUUGUUUAAAUGGUGUAGCUGGAUCUGCUUAGUGAAAUUGUCUAGAGGUUAAAUUGGCGAUGGCAGUUAGCAACAAUAACAGUGAAUAUGUGUGCACUCUGUCGGAGGAUCUGGUUAAACAAGCGGAAGAGGAACUGAACGAGAAGCCCCAGUGGCGGAGCAGGGAUAUACAGGCACUGAGGGACAUGGUCAACAAGAGAGCCGACUUGAAGAUCAGAACAGAUGAUGCAUUUUUACUCAGAUUCCUGCGUGCAAAAAAGUUUGACUACGACCGAGCAUUCAACCUGAUUGUGCGCCACUAUGAAAUGAAGGCAGAUGAGCGCAACAAACAGUUAUUCACGAAUCUUCGUCCAGCCAGCGUCAAGCACGUCCUAGAAGCAGGAGUCACAGGGGUGUUACCUCACAGGGACAAACUGGGCCGCAGAGUUAUCAUGUUCAGGCCAGGACGCUGGGACCCAUCAAAAUAUCCCCUUGAUGAUAUCUUCAAAACCAACUUCUUGACACUAUCAAAACUGGUCGAGGAAGAACCUACCCAAGUGACCGGCAUAGUCAUGAUGAUGGACUUGAAUGGUAUGGGGUUUGCGCAGGCCAAAAACAUCUCGCCCUUUUAUGCUAAAAGGGUGGCUAGUCUUCUUCAGGACUGCUUUCCUAUGAGAUUUAAAGGCAUCCACUACCUGAAUGAGCCGGCAAUAUUUGACUAUAUAUUUGCUAUUGUAAGGCCUUUCUUAAAGGAGAAGAUAUUAAGUAGGGUCCGUUUCCAUGGCAACAAAUAUGAAGAAUUAUUAGAAUUUCUGGAGCCUGAACAUUUGCCUUCUGACUACGGUGGAAAAGCCCCUCCCUACACAAAUGAGGACUGGAUGAAAACGCUGCUGGAGUCGGAUGCCUACUUCGAUUCCCAGGAGAAGUUUGGUCUGGCCACUGCGGCAGGAAAACCGGAAACCUCCCGGAAGGAAGAUGCGCUUGACUGCCUUGCUGGAUCAUACAGAAAACUUGACAUAUAACCUGUUCAUCAUUAUAUUGCUUGUGGCCGUUUUUGUUUAAUAGAGGGGUUCCGAAAUAUGGCGUGUGCUUGCUGGUUCAUACUCACAUAAAUCACAUUCCUCAUGCUAUGGCACAUGUCAUUCUACAUUUGUGCAAUAUACACAUAUCUGGAUGAUGUAGUAAAUUAGAAGAAGACCACAUGUACAUGACCAGUAAAACUUCUGUUUCCCAACCUCUCUGAUUAUUGGUAACAUUGAAAGAUGCGUUGUCUGUGUUUAAUUUGCCUUGGAGUCAAAUAUUAACUACUAAGUUUAAGUAAGUUUUGCCUUGUAGACAAGUGCAGGAAUGGAUGGACGUUCGCUUACAUGCAUAGAGGCAGAUACAUGCAGUUAUAGGAUUUUUUUCAGGGUUUGUUUAGGGUCUAAGUUGUGUGGGACGUUUUAUGUGAAUAGUCGUAACAUAUCCAUUUUUUUGUCCCCAAUCACACCGUCCGGCUCAAUAACUCGUGUCCGGGCACUAACUUUCCCUUGUAUGGACAGAUUUUAAAAUAACUUGCCACAUGUGUUCCACAUACCAAGGUGACGUGUCACGUGCAAGACCCAUGUCCCUACCUCUAAGGUCAAGGUCACACUUAGUGUUUAUUCACAAUGGAGUGCUGCAUUUAAGGACAUAGAGUAUAAGUUGUCGUGUCCGGGCUGUAACUUAUCCUUGUAUGGACAGAUUUUAAAAUGACUUGCCACAUUUGUUCCACAUACCAAGACGAUGUGUCCCAUGCAAGACCCGUGUCCCUACCUCAAAGGUCAAGGUCACACUUAGGUGUUUAUUCACAAUGGAAUGCUGCAUAUAUAAGGACAUAGAGUAUAGGUUGUCGUGUCCGGGCUGUAAUUUUCUUUUGUAUGGGCAGAUUUUAGAAUGACUUGCCACAUGUGUCCGACAUUCCAAGAAGACAUGUCACGUGCAAGACCCAUGUCCCUACCUCUAAGUUCAAGGCCACACUUUGUGUUUAUUCACAAUGGAAUGCUGCUUAAAAGGAAAUAACAGUGUAGGUUGUCAAGUAUGGGUAGGAUUUUUUAUGUCUAGAGGCAAUUUAAAAUAACUUGCCAUAUGUAUUUGACACGUUAAGCAAGAUCAAAUUUUCAUGUACUGACCUUGUUCAUAGGUCAAUGUCACAUUCGGGGCAUUCGUUACAUACUGUGACAGCUCUUGUUUAUUCAGAAUUCUAUGUCUUUUGCCAACAACAUGAUUUCGGAUUCUUUUCACUCAGUUUGGGUAUUUUUGAAUUACCGUUCAUGAUGUUUGUAUACAAUGUUUUUAUGGAGAAUUUUUCCAUAUCAUUUUGUAUUAGAACACAUUUAUUGUUAAGAGUCAAUACCAUUCAUUCAAGUUCUUGUUGGUGGGUUUUUAAGUAAUUUUUAGCUGGUAUGUUUUGUUGCUGUUGAUAUCAUCAUCAUUGUAAAAACUUUUACCAUGGCCAUGACUUAAAAACCAUUCAAGACAUUAAAAAUGAAACUUGAUAGACAUGCUUCCAGAGACAAUCCACAGUGCAUUACUCAGCCCAUAAUUCUGUCUUAAAUUCCCUGUUGAGCUAUGUCCCUUUAAUUGGGGGCAGGGGAGAGGGCAUUUUCCUUUUUUACAUGUGAAUAUUAAAUAUUAACACCAUAGGUAUAAAUAAACGCCAUUCCCGGACAAUACCAGACCGAUAUGCAAAUACAGAUACUUAGGCCGAUACAAUAGAUUAUAUGUUUUUUUUUUUUUUAGAUGACUGUUGCAUGUGUUUUAGACGAAAAACGAACACGAUCGUAUUUAACACAUAGACACCGUACGUAUGAAUAAACGCCAUUCCCGGACAAUACCGGACCGAUACGCAAAUACAGACCCUAGUUAAGCAUUUUCAUUUUUGUCAAUAAAGUAUAAGUGGUGGCGGAAAAAUGAGGGCCAGGUGAGGAUGAAAAUUAAGCAAUUAAUUUAUAGUAGCCUAUGAUAUAAAUUUUUGUGUUAUGGUAUUCCGGUAAAAUACAUAUAUACUCGUAUAUAUCACGGAUAAGUGGAAAAAACUAGGAUAUAAGGUUGUAUUCUCCUUGUGAGUGCAUUAGCACUCCGCAAUAUCAUAGGCUUGUGUCUGUAGUUUCCAGAUCUAUCUGGUAUAUAGAUGCAUAAGCCCAUUUGGUAACAACCGGUUGUGUAUUGCAUAUUACCAGGCUUAUGUUACAUCACCAUAUAUGAAUAAAUGCAAACAGGUCCAUUAUUCAAAGAAAAAUGUCUUAUGUGCUGCCAUAGCCCGGGUGUCGAUGGCUGCAGCAAAGUGCAAAACCUUUACAAGUUGGUCAUUACCAAAUUAUUGUCAAUCUAUUUCUAUGAAAUACCAUGAUAAAGCUGUGCAUAUGAAAAGCAAUCUCCACACUUAUACCAAAACUACUUCUUAAGGUAUGCCCCUUGACCACCUUCCAAGAACGACAGACGAGCGUAACAUCCCUUUUGGACUCGUGUUAUUGAUUGGCUUCACUCAUACUGUAGGAUGUUAUAACCAUUAUUUUAGUUGAGCAAGAAAUGAGAUUCAAAAUUGAUUUCGUAUAUUGUUUUCAAUGACACACACCAUGUUCUUCAAACACAUAAAAAGUUAUAUAUUCAGAAUUAUUAUAAUUAUACAUCUUUACUUUUAUUUGGAUUAUUUCACCAUGCAUAUUGUGAUAAAUACAUAUAAUGUUAGGAUGGCCUGUAUUUACCUUGGUUGUGUUUUGAUGUUAAUUUUCAAUGUCAGAAUUUUGAUAAUUUAUAUUGAUACAUUGAUUGCUUAUUAAAGGGACUAUAGACACCAGAUGAUACAAUUGCAUGAGAAAAGAAAAUUGUCAAAAACUAACAUAAAAUUGACAAUUUCAUUUAGUAAGAAUGAAUGCUUUGUACACAAUGAUGUCAAAUUUGAUAUCCAACGCUAAAUACUUGAAUUUACAUGGUAGACAACCCUAGUAAAAUUCGAAUUGGAAAAAAUGUGCAAAAAACUGCAUAAAAACAUUUGUCGUAUAUGCUUUUUUGCAGUUUUUUGCGCAUUUUUUAUCGUAUCACCCUGCUUACGACAUUUUUUGCUUUUGCUUUUUUGCGCAUUUUUUCCAAUUCGAAUUUUACUAGGGUUGUCUACCAUGUAAAUUGAAGUAUUUAGCGUUGGAUAUUUAUCUGUACUCGUAAACAGAUACGAUUUAAACUAGGAAACCAUUGUGUAGACGGCAAUAUGGCUGUUGCCUUAAUCAUUUAAACUAUGUAAAGUGUGUAUUAUCAGCCUCCUACUAGCUCGUAUAGACAAUUCUAGGCUUGUUUUAAGGAAAUACUGUUAUUAACAAUUUUUGGGCCAUCUGGUGUCUAGCCCCUUUAAUGGUCAUUCGCUAUUUUUGUAUAUUAUAUUUCUACAUGAAUCUCUUCUGUUUUUAUAUGUAAUAUUUAUCACUGCUUUGUUGUUAAAGCGUGCAUGUGAUUACUUUUCACAAAAGGUGAACUGAUAAAGAUACAUGCCAAUAAACUUGUACUGCAGUAUGCUUUCUGUACAUGACAAGACAAUAAGAAGUUUGUAUGCAUAAAGCAAACUGAAUACGUUGGGCUAAUAAGUUGCCCUGAAGUGUAUCAACAAUAGUAAUGUAAAAUGUAACUACAGCUGCAACUUACAGCCACAGCAGUCUUUCAAAGCACAGCUACAGAGGAAGUUGUAUUUUUGGCAUCAAAAGUCCUGCUACACGCUAGCCUACGAUUGUAUUUCAAAGUUGUAUACUUUGAAGUAGAAGAAAAGCUAUAAAUAACAUGUUUAGAUAUAAAUUAACAGCUGUUGCUUUAUUUGAUUGGUCACUGUUGUAAUAUUGUAACUAUUCAGCCACUUGGUAUGCCAUACUAUACAUGGUGUCACUACGCAAAAUACAUUGUAACACCAUGCUACCUUGAUUUUGUGUCAUAAUUGUAAAACUCAAAAGUUUGUUUUGCUUUUCUGUUUUUCAAAGAAAAAAAUUGAGGCAUUAUCAAAGUCUUGUUAAGCAGAGUGAGUUUAGCGCUGCACAUAUUCUAAACUUUUAAAACCGAAGUCCUAAGCUAUUUUCCUUAUCUGCGCUAAUGUUGGACUUGAUAUGUAACACAUACAUGGGACUCCUUCAAAUAUGGUACCACUUCUCUUGUAAUCCUUUAUAUACUGGUACUUUUUGUCACGUAAAGUAAAGCGACCAGACAUAAUGCACGUGAAUUCGGGUCAAAGACUUAAAAUGUCAGAUAUUAUAUUCCUGAAAUUGUUAGACAUUCCCUGUCUUCAGGUAUGUUUAUGCUAGCGGUAUGUUAAUGUUGCACUGAUGUACAUUGUUUUUGUUAUUAUAUCUCACAAGAAUAGUUGAACAUUGUUUUUAAUUUAUAACUAUAUAUAUACUGAGUAAGUACGUAAAGCUAUACUUAAACCAACUUUUUUUUAUCUUAUUUUGGUUUGUUAAUUUUAAAGACAUCAUUACACUUUGUUUAAUUCCAUGUUAACUUUUAUUGCACAGAAUCUUGCAAGUAGAUACAAUUGUUUUGUAAUAUGGUUUACAAGUAUCGCAUAGAUCUGCUAAUAUGGGUGUGUCCGAGAUGGCCAACUCUUUUGUAAAUCAUUUCGUAAUAAACUUGUACCAAAC